CGGACAUUUCUGGGUCUUAUUGUAUACUUUAAGUCUUUUGUGGAAGGAUAUAUGAUUAUCUCCUUAUUAUUAACCCGGCUAUUACGCAAAAACACACUAUUCGUGUUCGGUGAACCGGAGAAAGCCGUUAUACAUAUAUUGAAAGAUGCCUUGGCGUCUAAACCAGUACUGAUUAGAUUGGACUAUACUAGUGGUAACGAGGUUAUUCUAAUAAUAAACGCUAGCGGUUUAAGCUAG